UAGUUACUGUUUAACAUCCCCACCCAACUUUCAGUUUGUUUAGUAAAUCGAUCUAAUGAGGCUACCCUGACACCAUCAAGGGUGUCGCUGAAUUAAAGUCUUCUAAAACCGCCCCUUAAUGUGGCCGUUCUAACAAGUGGGCAGCAAUAUGCAAACUUAUUUUUAAAGUUUCUUUCUUGGUAUUAGUAAGAUAUAUUUCUGUUGGAUCAAUGCAAAAUCGUUGCUGGACAGGAAAAAGAAAGCAUGCCGACGGAGUCAAGCAUCGGGCAGGGGGAUAACGGCAUGAGCGCCAACUGUGCCAUCUGUGGGGACAAGGCCACAGGCAAGCACUAUGGUGCAUCCAGCUGUGAUGGCUGCAAAGGCUUUUUUCGCCGAAGCAUCAGGAAGAGCCAUGUCUACUCCUGCAGGUUCAAUCGGCAGUGUGUUGUCGACAAAGACAAGAGGAAUCAGUGUCGCUUCUGCAGGCUUCACAAAUGCUUCCGAGCAGGAAUGAAGAAAGAAGCUGUGCAGAAUGAGCGGGAUCGUAUCAGCUCAAGGAGAAGCAUGCAAGACUCACAUGACCUUCCACCUAUCACUGUACUGGCACAGGCGGAAUCACUGUCACAACAGAUCGCCGUCAGCAGUCCAACGGGCUCUGCCGAUGUCUCAGAGAAGAAAUCAGCUUCCAUCGGGGACGUGUGUGAGUCUAUGAAGCAACAGCUGCUCGUUCUGGUAGAGUGGGCUAAAUACAUCCCGGCCUUCGGCGAAUUGCCUCUUGACGACCAGGUCGGUUUAUUACGUGCGCACGCAGGGGAGCAUCUUCUGCUUGGAGUGGCCAAGAGGUCAAUGCCAUACAAAGACAUCCUGCUUCUCGGUAAUGGCUGUGUUAUUCACCGAAAUUGCCCUGAGGUGGAGAUCUGCCGAGUGGCUAACCGUGUCCUCGACGAAUUAGUCUCACCUUUUCAAGACAUCCAAAUCGAUGACAAUGAAUACGCAGCUUUGAAAGCCAUUGUUUUCUUUGAUCCCGAUGCCAAAAGCCUGAGGGACCCAUCAAAGAUAAAGGGCAUGAGAUACCAGGUGCAGGUGAGCUUGGAGGACUACAUUAACGACCGCCAGUAUGACUCUCGUGGACGCUUCGGCGAGCUCCUCCUCCUGCUGCCCACCCUACAGAGCAUCACCUGGCAGAUGGUUGAGCAACUGCAGUUCAUCAAACUCUUUGGCCUAGCUAAGAUUGACAACCUCCUGCAGGAGAUGCUCCUAGGAGGUCUGACAACAGAACAGCCUCACUUGAAUCACCAUGGUCACCCCCAGCUGACCCAGGAUCCAGUCACAGGGCAGACCCUGGUCAUCAGCUCUCUCUCUGGCCCUGGACAGCCACAACAAAUAGCUUCUCCGGACACACCAAUUCCAUCUCCUCCACAGGGUCAGGGGCAGGACGUCUACAAGUCCCCAUCGAGUCCCACACUGUUAAUGCCAGCCCAGCCUGUCUCCGGCAGACCCUCUCCUGAGCCUCCUCUCUGAGGCCUAAAACCUGCAGCCAGCGCAGUGGCCAACUUGACAGAGCUCUGACUUUUUAAAUGUGUAAAUGGCAUGAGAUAAAAACAAAACAACAACAAAAAAUUGCCUAUCCAGUUUGUACUUAAGAUUAAUAAAUAUAUUAUUAGGAAUUGUAUAGACAUUGAAGUCAAUUGAUAUAGAAGGUAUCAGAUAUCAGAUAAUCUGAAAAUACAUUUUAUCACCAGACUGGGGUCAAAUAAGAGUUUCACACAUUCCAUGAACUCGCAAAUACUUUUGUUUUGAUGUAUUUGGAAAUAGCCCUUAUUUGUAUCAUGUAAUUACCAUGCAGAUUGCUGUACAUUUGACUUUAUCAUUAAGCUUGUCAUGUAUAGUUAUGCAUUGUGUGGUGGUGUGUGCCAGUUCUCUGCAGUCUUGGGUUAUUGAAAGACCUUUUUGUUCUUUCUGACGCUGGACUCCUAGUACCUUUUACACUAAAGGACUGCUAAAGUGGGCCUGAUGGGCAGAGAGGUUCUAUUGAUUGUGUUUGGCAUAGCACAGCAACAAAGACAAUGUAAUCUAACCAUUAAUCACGGCAACUUAUCAAGUCACAACCACACUGAUUAGUGGAGGAAAGGGAAUUGUCAAACACAUGCUGGUGGAAAAAAAAGAUCAAAACAAAACAUUUUGACUAAGAACAGUCUAAUCGAUUAGCAUUUGUAGCAGAUGGUUUUCCACUGUCUCUCUGUCAGUGGCUGUGACCAAGCUUUAAAUCGGUGUGAAUCUUUGCCUAUUUUGGAUGCUCAGUGUUUCAGCCAAUCCAUCUCAAUAUACCUAAAAUACACUGUAGCACAAACAUAACCCUAUUAUGUCUGACCCCGCUCUGAUCAUUGCACAAACAGAUAUUUGAAAUCUUUCCUUUCACAACCCUGCCACUGUACUGAAUAUAUGUAAACAUGAUCAGGGGGGCUACAAUUAUUUAAAGCAACAAAAUGACUUGCUAGUCUAUCUGUUGGAGAGUAAAUAUAAUAGUGAAGGUCAACAGAUGGCUUUCAUUUCUUUUAACUAAGAUUACGCUGAAACAUACAAUGAAAAUACUUUGAAAAAAAAAAAAACGUAUUUCUAAUGAUAUUUAAAUAAACGGAUCA